AUGAAGAAUUUUUUUUACUUUGCUAGUCAGGUAACGGUGAUUUUUCUAAACCCAAGUAUGAUCAAUCAAUUUCUUAAAAGGGGUUAUGCAAGAAAAUAUUUAUUAUCGUCUUUGAAAAUCAUAAUUUUUGGUGGUGCGGUAAGUAAACCAAAAGUACAGGUAUAAAUGAGACGUACCUUACCAAAUGUUCUAAUAUUACAAGAUUAUGGAAUGACCAAAAUCUGUGGAAUCGAGACAUUUCAGCUGCCGCAUCACAAGGCUGGAUCUAGCGGGACUGUAAUCAAUAAUGUAGAAAUAAAAGCCGUAGACCCAAAAAAUAGAAAGGCUCUUGAUCCAAAUAAUCCCGAAGAAUUGUGGAUAAAGACACCGAACGUAAUGAAUGGCUAUUAUAGAAACCCUGAAGCGACUAAAAGCAUUGUUGACGAGGAAGGAUGGCUACAUUCGGGUAACAUGGGUUAUUUUGACGAAGACAAGGAACUUUUUAUUGUGGAUAGAAUAAGAGAAUUGAUAAAGUACAAAGGAUAUCAUAUUUCACCUGCAGAAAUUGAAGCUAUCUUAAUGACACACCCAGAAGUGAUGGAAGCUGCAGUAAUAGGAGUGCCUCAUCCAGUAGAUGAUGAACAUUCUGUUGGUUUUGUCACUAAAAUACCCGAUGCAAAGGUAACAAAGCAAGAAUUAAUUGAUUUGGUGGCUAAUAACUUGAAGGAUCAAUAUAAGCUUCGUGCUGGAGUGAUAUUUCUGGAUGCUUUUCCAUAUACAGGUUUAAUAAAAAUUGCCAGGAAUGAAUUGAAAAUAAGAGCUAGAAAACUAGCGAUUAAAUAA